GGCAUUUAUGGUUUUGAUUCUAGGACUGAUUCAUUCAUUUCAAAGCCAGCAGUCAGGGAGCCUGGACAUCUGGGUUCUUUCUGGGCUUUGGGGAGCAGUGAGGCCUGGGACCUCUUCUGAUCAGAUACUUCACACAGGAGACAUCCUGCUCAAGGGGUUCAUCCGGGAGCGAGUCCAGCGCUGUGGGGACUCGCAGGCGGUAGAGCUGGGCCGGGAGGUCCUGGGGGGCCCUGAGGCUUCACUCUGCAGCAACGACACCAAGCGCCUCAGCGAGUGCCUGCGGCGCAUCGGGGAUGAGCUGGACAGCAACACAGACCUACAGAGGAUGAUCGAGCAGGUGGGCUCACAGCCCCCCAAGGAGGUCUUCUUCCGUGUGGCCACUGAGAUGUUCUCCGAUGGGACCUUCAACUGGGGUCGGGUCGUGGCCCUCUUCUACUUCGCCUGCAAGCUGGUCCUCAAGGCGCUGUGCACGAAGGUCCCUGAGCUGGUGCGCACCAUCCUAGGCUGGACCAUGGAGUACCUGCGCGAGCACGUUUUGGUCUGGAUUCAGGCCCAGGGUGGCUGGGAAGGCCUGCUCUCCACCUUGGGCACUCCCACCUGGCAGACCAUCACCAUCUUCGCCGCUGGCGUUCUCACCGCCUCGCUUACCAUCUGGAAGAUGUCCUAGACCCCGGGGCCGGCUGGUCCCUUCCCCUGCCCUGCUCCAGCUGGGCUGUGCUGGCUGGGGUGCCUGGGGCCUGGCCGCUCCUCACAGUGGACUCAGGGGGUGAAUAUUUUUGCAAUACUCAUCUUCAAGCGGGAUUUUUUUUAAACCCCUCCUUUCACCCCCUCCUGGUGCCUUUUUUUUUGUUCAUUUUUUUUUUUUAAUACGGAGACUUUCGGGGAACAUGUACUUUGGUUUCUCCUUUGGAUCCCCACCCCGCUGUCCAUCCCUGAUGUGCCUGGCUCUGGGGUGGAGUGCUGCUGGCUCGUGAGACAGAAUGAGCAGUCCAGCCAAGACUGUAUCCCACCUGGGAGGUCUGCUUCUCACAGAGAUGGCAUCACAUGGACCCAGAACUGCUUGUGUGGGAGGCCUCCUGCUGCCCUCCCCAUCCCGCCCUGAAGCCCAGCCGGCAUCAUGGGAUUGCCCCAGCAUUUGACAACUCUCCCCCCACCCUAAGCAGUGCAUUGGGGAUUUGCAGGCUGGCUCCAGACCUGGUGUUAGGGGGGUGCAGCAUGGUGGGGGAGGGAUUCGUGGGGUUUACUCUGCCUUUCCCCCCCACCCAGACAAUCUUGGGUGCCUUCUGCCCCACCAUCACUGUGAAUUGCCUGCUGGAAGAGAGAUCUUAUGCCUCCCAUGCAGGGGAUGAACCCCCACCCCUGGCUAGCAUCAUCAGCUCCCUCUGCUUGUGAGGGGCAUGGCUUCUUCCCUGCUUUUGUGGGGGGUGUCAUUCAACCCCUCCACCAGCAUCUGGGCACCCCUACUCUGAGCCAUGUACUGUAAUAGGGGGCUGGGGUGACCCCUUUGCCCCUGGGUGGGGGUCACCAGGUCCCCCUGCACCUUCCUCCUCUGACUGUAUUACUACUGUGUGUUCUCAGGGGAUAGGGGCAGAUCAUAUGACAGCCCCUUCCCUACCCCCAAAUUUCCUCAGUGGUCUCAGCCACAGGGCCUUGUGUCUGGGGGGAGCUCUGUCCCCAAGCAGCCCCAUUCUUGAUGUGGCAAUGGGGUGGGCCGUGGCUGGUGCUAAGAAGGGUUGUCAGGGGCUGAAGUGAUGCCCCAUAGUCUCCCCCACCCCCUGAGAGGUGGGAAGGGGUAUCAGAAGGGAUCCCCUGCUAGCAGGGCUUACUGGCACUGGGGGGAUCCCUAACUCAGGGAUCAAGGGGGCUCAGUGGGGGUGGGAGCAGGGAUCCAGUGGGUCUGCCAAUGAAUUUAAUAACUGUUGGGUGGAUCUGUACUUCAGUGUGGGGGAGAGGGUGGACAUAGGGAGUGUGUGAUGUCAUGGGCAUGGGAGACGAUGUCACACCAAGCUGGCAUGAGUAUGUGAUGUCACAGGUGCAGGGAGGCGGUGUCACACAGAAAGGGGGGAGUCUGAUGUCACAGGUGCAGGGGAAGCGAUGUCAUGGAUAGGGAAAAAGCAGUGCUGUCAUGGGUAGGCAGGAUAGCUGCUUUUGGGAAGGGCAUGCUGGUGACAGUGGGAGGAAAUGCUGUCAAAGCAGUUUUGCACCCACCCUGAUCCUUGCCCCUUCCCCCCACUUUGUGCCUGGUGCCCUACCUGGGGGGCUGAAGGAGGGGGUGGGGGGCAGUGAGAGACCUGGGCUCCCCAGCCCCAUGGAUGUGCCAGGCACCUCCACCUGGGCAUGGCCUUGCUGGGCACUUUGUAACGGUUGGGGCCGAGGGAAAAGGGAGCUUGAAAAUAAACCCACUGGACCCAA